AUCCCCCAUGGACUCUCCUGCGUCACCGCGCAAUCAGAACCGCAGUAGCGGCACUGAUCGCGCCCCAAAACGUCGCAAAAUCUCAGUCGCCUGUGAUGAAUGUCGUGCGAGAAAGGUUCGCUGCGACGGGGUGCAACCCGUAUGUGGACCGUGUGCGAAGAGGGCCGAUCCGACCGUCCAAUGCGCCUACACGGGGGAGCCGGAAAAGAAGCGGGCGAUGCGGAACUAUAUUGCAAAUUUAGAGAGUCGAAUUAAGCAUCUUGAAAGUCCGGGCCCGGGGUAUGUUCCGGGGACAAUUGGAUCAGAUGACGGACAGGCAUCAGGCCAUACUCCUCAAUCGGUCUUACCAUAUGACCCAGUCGACACGAGUAUAAAUACCCAUCCUCCUGCUUUCUCACCCUCACUCGUAACGCCUGUGAACCAACGACAACGAAGCAUAUCAAGUCGCGGCGGGGAACACCAUUCGCCGGCAUAUAGUGUUGUUCAGAACCAGCCAAGAAGCAGCAAUGUGGAGGACAAUCAUGGCCAUGCAUUGCCUUCAUCUCAUCGGUCUCCUGAUCGACAACCGCUGGCAGGUGGACGAGCAGACGGGGUGAAUGCGAUGAUGGGCGCAGUGGAAGAAGAGCGCACGCAGGGAUUUUUUGGCAGUUCCAGUGCAGCCAGCUUCAUUCGACAAAUCAAGACAGCAGUCGACAAACGGGUGUCGUCGCCACAUCGACGGACAUCAGAGUCGGUCAUGGGAAUUGUGCCGCCUGCGAGUUUGAUGUCAACGCGGACGGCAAGACCUUCGACAAUUCCAAACUAUGUACUUCCUCCGCGAAAGACGGCGGAUAGCCUCAUGGAUGUCUACUGGACUAGGGUAUUCCCACUAUACCCAUUCGUCGACAGCACACAUAUGCGAGCCGAAUACGCGAAGAUCUGGACAGGCGAUAGCUUGAAUUCAGACGAGAACAUGCUCAUGUGCACCUUUAAUGUCAUAUUUGCUCUGGCCUGCCAGCUUGCUGACUUCAUCCAACCGGAAGAACGGGAAGCUUCUGCGGACGCUUUCUUCUCGCGUGCCAAAGAUCUGCUUCAUUUCAACUUGUGGAAUACCGGAUCGGCUGGCCUGAUUCAAUGUCUCCUUCUGAUGGCGCAGUAUCUCCAGAGUACUGAUUCAGCCCAUCAGUGCUGGAUUGUAACAGGGUUGGCUAUUCGUAAUGCCCAGAGUUUGGGAUUACACCUGCCACAAACACUUGCUCGUCUUCAGAGUUUUCAAGAACAGCAAUUAGCACGUAAGAUAUGGCAUGGAUGCGUGUUGAUGGAUAGGGUAAUUUCCAUGACAUUCGGUCGUCCUGCAAUGAUCUCGAAAGCUUCAUCUGGAUCUGUUCCUCUGCCAGCAUCUGUGGACGAAGAGUACAUUUCCACAGCCUCUGGAACCGAGGCAUCGCAGCCGGCAGACCGUCCAUCAAUGAUGGACUUUUACGCCAAGUCGCUCGAACUGUAUGAAAUCAUGAACGAUGUCCUUCUGAGUCUGUACAAGCCAGUGUCGGAAGAAAGCCUAGAAGAUAUCCACGACUUUUAUUUCAACAAGGAGACGAGUGAAGGGGAACGUACGAUCUUUGAACUUGACCGUGCUCUUACUAGAUGGACGCGUAGCCUUCCUGUUCACCUUCGCGGGAUAUCUUCUCCAGAGUCUGAGGAUCCAAUUUUCUACCGACAGAGCGUAGUCUUAAGAGCAAGAUUCCUACACGUCCGGGUACUUCUGUUUCGACCGACUUUAUCAAGAUAUUGCACUGCUCGAGACAUAACAGCUACUGAUCCUCUCAUCACGCUUAACGACUCCUUCCCCCACCGCGUUGCACUACAGUGCUCCAUUAUCUGUGUCAAGGUGGCCCAGGAGGUUAUCGAAUUGAUAUACAACAACGUCCCCAUGGAUGGAUCUUCCGGUCCCCUUCCUGCCUGGUGGUAUAACAUUCUAUACGUAUACACAGCCGCAACAGUCCUAAUAGCCGGCCGCCUCCGAUCCGCCAUUCUGGCCGAAGUAACAGAAAGAGCCAUUGCGCGAUCGUGGAACUGCGCACUAGAAAUCCUCCGUAAAUACCAAAGCUACAGUUCAUCCGCUAGACGGUGUGUGGCUGCGCUUGAGAUUCUUUAUGAAAGGGUUGUAUCGGAGGGACCACCAUUGACUGACCAGCCCGCGAAUAAUCAUCCGGAAGGCACGUCGAAUGCGCCUCAUGAUAUGUCGCUGGGAGAGGGGAUGAAUGCGAUUCUGCUGGAUGGGUUUGAUUUGCCUGAUUUUCAGGAUAUGUCUUGGUUGAAUAGUGUACCGAGUAAUCUGUUUUGAUCAGUCUUUUGACGUAUGAGGUAAUACGAUGUAUACAUGAAAGAUCUAUUGUCAUUAGUUGAUGAAUAAAUUAAGAGGCA